AUGGAGUUCGCAGCCGACUAUAAGAUGAUUACUGACCUCAUGCCCAAAUACGAUGGGAACCCUAAAAGAUUAAACUUUUAUUUAAGAGAAGUUGAUAAUUUAAUGGGACUUAUCCACCCAACAGCGGAUGCAGGCUCUCUAGCUAUAGUUUGUCUUAUAAAAAGUCGCCUUAGUGGUGCGGCGAUUGACGCGAUAGCUUAUGAGGAGUCAUUAAACAGUUGGCCCGAUAUAAAACGCGUUCUACUAACACGUCUAGGAGAACCUAGGAACGAGAUUCAAGUUAUGCAAGAGCUCACACGUAUCCGUCGGAAUAAAAACGAGGAUGCGGAAUCCUUCGGUAAAAGGAUUAGGGACCUUUUAGAUACUCUGUAUAUGGUUGGGCAACACACCGACAAGUCGUACUAUGAGAAAAUGGCUAUUGAGCAAUAUAUCAGUCAAUUGGACUUCCAUAUAUCAAUAGGCGUAAGAAUUAUGAUGCCAGGUACAUUGGAACUUGCAAUAGUAACCGCACGACAGGAGGAGACGAAAUCAGUUACUUAUAAGAAUAAUUCUAGUUUUAAUUCCCAAAACCAACAGCAAAAAGCUACAAAAAUAGAUAAUUAUAAACCUAAUAAUUUUCCACGUCAAUUUCAUGGUCAAGGACUCAACUCAGGACGAAGACGACCAGAGUUUCGGAAAAAUCCUGAGAUGUUUCAAUUUGUUCUUCUAUUAAGUUAG